UGCAAUUCAGUAAAUAGUGUAGCUGUCAAAGACGCUAGUCAUAGUUGAGAGUCGGAUGAUAAAUCUAAUUGAUGAAAAAAAACAUGGUUUAUGCCAUCUCUUUAAAACCAAUUUAGUUACAUUGUAUCAAAUUGUAUAUUUGACAACGUGCGCUUUUUCCUUUUUGACAUUGCUUCAAUUCGUGUUAAAUAACCAGUUUCGCAAAUGUUUCGCCUUAUUUGUUUGAUAUGGAUAUCAGAGAAGCGCUAGAUUGUCACAGUCUGGAUUAGCUAUUGUUGAAAGACUAUCCGCUGUCAUCCAUUGGAUUUAUUUGUAUUAUUAUCAUUUUUUUUACAACUGAACUUCUUCACGUCUGAAUUAUCUGGAACGCACAUCAAGAGCUCCUGAGGGCCCAGCAUGGUGAACAGUCAGGUGGGCAGUGGUGUGGCGUCACCCCCCAGGUCGUGUGCUGGAUGCGGGGGAAAGAUCGCUGACCGCUUCCUGCUCUUCUCCAUGGAGCGCUACUGGCACACACGCUGCCUCAAUUGCUCCUGCUGCCACGCACACCUGGGCGACAUUGGCACCACCUGCUACAGUAAAGGAGGCAUGAUCCUGUGUAGGAGCGACUAUAUCAGGUUGUUCGGACACAGUGGGGCAUGCAGCACCUGUGGCCAGUCCAUCCCGGCUAAUGAGAUGGUGAUGAGGGCACAGGGUAAUGUGUAUCAUCUCAAGUGUUUCACAUGUGCCACCUGUAGAAACCGACUGGUGCCAGGCGACCGCUUCCACUAUGUCAACGGCACCAUCUUCUGUGAGCACGACCGGCCAGGGGGUGCACUGCUCAGCAGCCACCUGCCCCCCACUGCAGAGCAACCCUGUGUUGCCUGACCAGAAGGUGAGCUGAGUGCCUAGAGCGGUGCGCUGUGCCUUCAUCCCCUUCAUGCUUCCCUUCAUGCUUCCCUUCAUGCUUCCCUUGUCACCAGAGGACCGCCCAUCCCUGCACACCCUGCUCCCGAUACUGUUGUUGUGGACCCUCAUCACCAACCACCACCCUGUCUCUUUGACCAGGAGGUUCUUUUUGCUUGCAGUAUCUAUUUCAGAUGUGUUGUGUAUAUCCAUGCUUGAGAGAGUGUACAGAUACACAGUGGCGGUGAGUCGUGUGUGUGGUGCAGUGCUGGUCUGUCCAUCAAAGACAAUAUGGACCACAUCAACUAUUUCAGGACUGAGGCUACGUGUUGUAUGUGAAGGACACCCAACUGUGUGCAUAUCCAGAACUUUGGUGCUUUUGGACAAAUCUUGCAAUGAGUAAGGUAAUAGUCUGGACCCUGUCUAGGAUCUAUAGUAAGAUUAAAGUAGACAAAAAUAAGCUUUCUCGUGGACACAACUAAAACGCUAUCACUAACAGUGGCAUUGCUGUGGUUAUUAUUGUCAGGGAUAUCCCAUCACUUAGAUGAUGAGCUCACAAUCCCUCUCAAUGGCCUGUCAUCUGUUACUCAGUGAUGUUUAGACCAUCAUAUGAAUCUGGCUGAAGUGAAGGAAGAAGAUAAAUAUACAUUCUUUUUUUUAUAAUGUUAUUGUGUGUUUCCCAGUAGAGUUCUAUUUCCUUAAUAAAUGUUGCAUUCAAUUUAAUUUUGGAUGCCUGUUCAAUAUGUGACAUUAUCAAAUGGAGAAAAAAAAAUGCUAUUAAAACAUUUUACUGUAACGAGGUGAACUGAAGUAAUUGAAGUCUAUGUGCAGUUGGUUGGUUACAUGACAUGAGUCUCGUGGUAUUAUAUGGUAGGCUACCACCCGGUUGGUGUUACAUUUCCUCCCCGACUGUUCCUGCAUUGCUCCCUCCAGCCCUGUAUGGUGAAAACAUGCCUGAUUACCCUGAGGAAUGGAAUUAGAGGGCUAGAGCCCUGACCGUUUACAGAAGCAAUUAAACAUGAGUGGUGUAUCUGUGCUGCUGUGCUUGCUGCCUGCUGCAGCUCCUGGGAGGCUGAACUUUGGCCAUAUCCCGUGGCUGACUUUAAUAAAGACUCAUCUGGGAGCCAGCCUAAUUAAAGGGAGGGGCUCCUUUGCAUCCAGCCAGCAUGUAAAAAAAAAAUCAUGACAACAAUCUGAUACUUUUACUGUUUACCAUUUUGCAAUUAAAAGACACAAGCCAAA